UAAUAUCUUCGGUCCCUUAGCCAUUAAGCAUAUAUUUUUACCGAAUAAAAGGCAAAAGGAGGGGGAAAAAACCAGUAAGUCUAUUGAUUAUCAACGCUUGUUUCUCAAUCGAUCAUGACGGGAAAAGCCAAGCCGAAGAAGCACACAGCCAAGGAAAUCGCAGCCAAGAUCGACGUCGCCACAACCAACCGAGGAGGAGGCAAGGCCGGAUUAGCUGAUCGUUCGGGAGUGGAGAAGGGUGGACAUGCUAAGUUCGAGUGUCCCCAUUGCAAAAUAACGGCCCCAGGUGUGAAGUCGAUGCAGGUGCACCAUGAAUCCAAGCACCCUAAGAUUCCCUUUGAAGAGUCGAAGCUUGUGGAUCUUCAUGCUACUCAUGUCGCCGAUUCUUCCAAGCCUCGUCCCGGUGUUAGGGGUAGCUUGAAGAAGUGAGCUUUAUUAAUAAAAUUAGACCAUUUUCUUUAAGAUUUCGUGCUUCUGGGUUGUCUUGAAAUCUGGGUUUGUCUUCUUUAGUAGUAUGUUUGGAUAAAAAAAAGCUGGAUUAGCUUUGUAAGGCGCCUCCCUUGACUAUGGAAAUGAUGGUGUAUAUUAACCAUCUUGAAUGCGAUGAUGGUGACUAUGUUACACCUUCUUUAUUUAAUUCUGAUGAAGUGUUUGUGG